CUGUGCCUCAGAGACUCAGAGGAGUGAGAAAGACAGAGAGAGAAACAAAGAACAGGUGAGAGCAAAAACAGGGCACGUAAGGAGAAGACAGCUGUACUUUUACAGGAAUUAAACAAAAGAAGACUCGGAGAGAGUUGGUUUUGUUUUUUUUCUCAUCCAAAACAAGAGUGACAAAAGGAGCUCUCACUGGGAGAACCUGAACUCUCAGGAGAGCUGUGUAUCUGUAACAACAAAGCAAUGAGCUCACUGUCUCUGGAUUGAAUGGACUCGACAUAAAGAAGGAGAAGAAACCGGUGUGAAAAGAAACUGGAUACCAGCAUGUGGACAAAAAGGACAUGAAGGAACUGAAACCUGGGAUUUUAGGAGUGCCUGAACAGUCUGUUUAAAUCUUUUUUUUUCUUUUUCAAAGUGCUGUUUCUCUGGAACAAGACUUUUUAUGCUGACUUUACACUAGACUUACUGUCUAAACAUCAUGUAGUGUCUCCUUGCUAGCUCUGAGGAGGGCCAACUUUUGACUACUUGGAGUGGUUUGACAGUGGAGACAUGUCUCUAGAAGAUGUAGGAAGCACAACCAGCCUUGUGGCUGAAAGCGUCACCUCAGACCACUGCGAUGGCCACUCUCUGAAGCAAAGUCAGGACCAGGAUCUGGAGAACCAGAGCCAAGGCCAGGAUGGGAUAGUUCUGGAGCGUAUUGCCUCCCUGUCGUUGGACAUGUUUGAACCCAGCGAUUUCACUGGGAGGUUUACAAAGAUCCAGUCUAGGUCCAGAAAGAGAACAAGGAUCAUCGGAGCCUCUCCAGUGGGACUGAAGCCACCCCUCCCGCCAGUCAGUGGAACCUUGGGAGAGAGGAAGGGUCCUGUGGUCAUGGCGCCUGUCAACGUGGACCCUGAGAGUAAGCCGGGCGAGUUCGUCCUAAAGAGCUUGUUCGCCAACUUCACCUUGCUCUCAGAGCGCAAGAUCCGCAUCAUCAUGGCCGAACCACUGGAGAAGCCACUGAACAAAUCUCUGCAGAGAGGAGAGGACCCCCAGUUCGACCAGUUGAUCAGCUCUAUGAGUUCUCUGGCAGAGUACUGUCUGCCGUCUAUCCUGAAGACUCUGUUCGACUGGUACAAGAGGCAAAACGGGCUGGAAGACGAGUCUCAUGAAUAUCGACCCAGGGCCAACACCAAGUCAAAAAACGAUGAGCAACAGAAGGACUACUUAUUGGAGCGGAGAGAUCUGGCGAUAGACUUCAUCUUCUCUCUAGUGCUUAUUGAAGUUUUAAAGCAGAUCCCCCUCCAUCCUCUCCUGGAUGGACUCAUCCAAGAAGUUAUAAACCUGACCUUCAAACACUUCAAAUACAAGGAAGGGUACUUGGGACCCAACACAGGCAACAUGCACAUAGUGGCUGACCUCUAUGCUGAAGUAGUGGGAGUCGUAGCUCAGUCCAGGUUCCCAGGAGUGAGGAAGAAGUUCAUCUCCGAGCUGAAGGAGCUGAGACAAAAGGAGCAGAGCCCUUACGUGAUCCAGUCCACCAUCAGCCUCAUCAUGGGACUCAAAUUCUUCCGCAUCAAAAUGUAUCCGGUGGAAGACUUUGAAGCCUCCUUCCAGUUCAUGCAGGAGUGUGCUCAGUAUUUCCUGGAAGUGAAGGAUAAAGACAUUAAGCACUCAUUAGCCGGGCUCUUUGUGGAGAUACUUGUACCUGUAGCUGCUACUGUGAAGAACGAGGUGAACGUGCCAUGUCUACGAAACUUCGUAGAGAGUCUGUAUGACACCACACUGGACCUGUCCUCUAGGAAGAAACACUCUCUGGCUCUGUAUCCUCUGGUGACCUGCCUGCUAUGUGUCAGUCAGAAGCAGUUCUUCCUCAGCCGCUGGCACAUUUUUCUCAAUAACUGCCUCUCAAAUCUUAAGAAUAAAGAUCCCAAAAUGGCACGUGUGGCUCUAGAAUCACUUUACCGUCUGCUGUGGGUCUACAUGAUCCGGAUAAAGUGCGAGAGCAACACUGGAACACAGAGUCGUCUGACGUCCAUCACCUCCACCCUGUUCCCCAAAGGGAGUCGUAGCGUUGUGCCCAGAGACAUGCCCCUUAACAUUUUUGUCAAGAUCAUCCAGUUUAUUGCACAGGAGAGACUGGAUUUCGCCAUGAAGGAGAUCAUAUUUGACCUGCUGAGUGUUGGGAAACCUGCCAAAGCCUUCAGUCUCAACCCAGAGCGUAUGAACAUUGGUCUGCGGGCAUUCCUGGUGAUAGCAGAUGCUCUGCAACAGAAGGAUGGAGAGCCUCCAAUGCCCAACACAGGAGCCACUCUGCCCUCUGGAAACUCUCUGAAGAAGAAGAAAACUUAUCUUAGCAAGACACUUACCGAAGAGGAAGCCAAGCUAAUAGGCAUGUCCUUGUACUACUCCCAGGUGCGAAAAGCUCUGGACAACAUCCUGAGACACUUGGACAAGGAGGUGGGUCGUUGUAUGAUGCUCACCAGCGUCCAGAUGCUCAACAAAGAACCAGAGGACAUGAUCACCGGUGAAAGGAAGCCUAAAAUCGACCUCUUCAGGACAUGUGUGGCUGCCAUUCCUCGUAUCCUUCCUGACGCCAUGUCCAAACCUGAGCUCAUCGACCUGCUCUCACGACUCACUGUGCACAUGGACGAUGAGCUCCGUCUUAUUUCCCAGAACUCCCUGCAGAGCCUGUUGCUCGAUUUCUCAGACUGGAGGGAAGACGUCCUGUUUGGUUACACACAUUUCCUUUUGCGUGAGGUCCAAGACACCCAUCAGGGUCUGCAGGACGCAUCUGUGAAGCUCCUUCUCCAGCUUCUCACACAGUGGAGGUUAGCUCUGCAGCUGCAGGGGAAGAUGCGAGGUGGAGUUGAGUCCAGCCCCAGACUGCCCGAGCGAAGCCCUCAUGGCUCAGUGCUCCAUGCGGUUGAGGGCCUGGCUCUGCUGCUGCUCUGCUCGUGUCAGAUCAGCACGAGGAAGCUGGCAGUCGGCGUGUUAAGAGAAAUACGCUGCCUCUUCACGGCUCUGGGACACGCUGAGGACGACGACAAACCCAUGAUAGAGGUCAUGGACCAGCUGAGCCCAGCCGUAAUGGACAGCUUUGUUCACGUGGCUGUCUCUGACUCAUCCACGCUGCCACUCAGCCACCAUGUUGAUCUCCAGUGGCUGGUGGAGUGGACGGCUCGACUCGUGAGCAGUUCCUAUGACGUGAAGAGCCCCAGCCACGUCUGGAUCUUUGCUCAGUGUUUGAAGGACCCGUGGGUGCUCUGUCUGCACAUCUUCCUGCGGCAGGAGCAUCUGCCCAAACACUGUCCCAUCGCCCUGGGAUACGCCUGGCCCUACGUGUUCACACGGCUACAGCUGCUGCUGCCACUGGUUGACCCCAACAGUCCAGUCAAUGCUAAGAAGACCAGCACAGCAGGCUCCAGUGACAAUUACGUCUCUCUGUGGCGUAACUACCUGAUCCUGUGUCUGGGUGUUGCUAAGCCGAGCAUCAUGUCCCCCGGUCACCUCAGAGCUUCCACACCAGAGAUCACUGCCACCACGCCCGACGGCAGCGUCACCUAUGACAACAAGGUGAUAGGCACUCCCUCAGUGGCCUGGCUUUUAAAGCAGCUCGUCCCGCUGAUGAGAGCUGAGAGUUUGGAGAUCACAGAGUCUCUGGUGCUGGGCUUUGGCUGCACCAAUGCUCUGGUUUUCAGGGAGCUAGUGGAAGAACUCCAUCCACUGAUGAAGGAAGCACUGGAGCGUAGGCCGGAGAACAAGAAGCGCAGAGAGAGGAGGGAUCUUCUCAGGCUGCAGCUGCUCAGGAUCUUUGAACUGUUGGCUAACGCAGGAGUUAUCAGUGACAGCACCAACGGAGCGCUGGAGCGUGACUCCCUGGCACUGGGCGCCUUGUUCCUUGAGUAUGUGGAUCUAACCCGGAUGCUUCUGGAAGCUGAGAAUGAGAAGGAGCUGGACGUGCUGAAAGACAUCCGAGCCCAUUUCAGCGGCAUGGUGGCUAAUCUCAUCCAGUGUGUUCCAGUCCACCACAGGCGCUUCCUCUUCCCUCAACAGUCUCUGAGACACCAUCUCUUCAUCCUCUUCAGCCAAUGGGCUGGACCCUUCAGUGUCAUGUUCACACCCCUUGAUCGCUACAGCGACCGCAACCACCAGAUCACUCGCUACCAGUACUGUGCUCUCAAGGCCAUGUCAGCAGUUCUGUGUUGCGGCCCAGUGUUUGACAAUGUGGGUCUCUCUACUGAUGGCUAUCUCUAUAAAUGGCUCGACAACAUCUUGGCCUGUCACGACAUACGGGUGCAUCGUCUUGGGUGUGAGGUGGUCAUCCUGCUCUUAGAACUGAACCCAGACCAGAUCAAUCUGUUCAACUGGGCCGUGGACCGUUGCUUCACCGGAUCUUACCAGCUGGCAUCUGGCUGCUUCAAGGCCAUCGCCACUGUCUGCGGUAACAGGAAUUACCCUUGUGACCUCGUGACCUUGCUCAACCUGGUGUUGUUCAAGGCCUCAGACACCAGCAGGGAAAUAUAUGAGAUCUCCAUGCAGCUGAUGCAGGUGCUGGAGUCAAAGCUGUGUGCGUACUCAAAGCGGAUGGUGGAGCAGAAGCCCGGUAAUAUUUUGUAUGGAACACACGGACCCCUGCCGCCACUGUACAGUGUCAACCUGCCUCAGCUCUCCAUCCAGCUGGCCAGCAUGUACCCAGAGCUCACUCUGCCUCUUUUCUCAGAGGUCAGCCAGCGUUUCCCAACCACCCACCCGAACGGCAGACAGAUCAUGCUGUCCUACCUGCUACCCUGGCUCAGUAACAUUGAGCUUGUGGACACGGGGCUCUUACCUCCCGCCUCAAGCCCGUGCACGCCGGAGGAAGAACCUCACGGUCAAGGGCAGGGUCUGUCUCCGAGUCUAAGAGGCAACGGUUGGGGCUCCCUGCAGGCGACCUCGCUGGUGCUCAACAACCUCAUGUUCAUGACUGCUAAGUACGGAGAUGAGGUUCCAGGCCCGGAGAUCGAGAAUGCCUGGAACGCUCUGGUGUCCAAUGAGAGGUGGAGCAACAACUUACGGAUCACCUUGCAGUUCCUUAUCAGCCUGUGUGGAGUCAGCAGUGACACCACACUACUGCCUUAUAUCAAGAAGGUGGUGAUCUACCUGUGUCGCAACAACACCAUCCAGACUAUGGAGGAGCUCCUGUUUGAGCUGCAGCAGACUGACCCGGUCAACCCCGUGGUCUUGCACUGCGACAACCCUCCCUUCUACCGCUUUGCUGCCAGCAACAAAGCCUCCACCUCACAGACAGGCACCACCUCCAGCAGUAACACCGUGGUAGCUGGUCAGGAGAACCUGGCAGACACAGACGAGAACAAGCUGGUCAGAGAGAGUGAAGAGCGCAGGGCCAGGGCUCAUAACAGGCUGGAAUCUCGCUACAGCAACAGCUCCGGAGGCUCGUACGAGGAUGAAAAGACUGACCCACUCCCACCAUAUGCUGGUUGGCUACUGGGUGUUCUGGAGACCAACCAUCCUCAGCCGUUACCCAUGCCCGUUAACGGAGGCUGCUGGGCUCCUCUGGUCGACUACCUCCCAGAAACCAUCACACCUAGAGGACCGCUGCACAGGUGUAACAUCGCAGUGAUCUUUAUGACUGAAAUGGUGGUGGACCACAGUGUGAGAGAAGACUGGGCUUUACACCUUCCCCUGCUGCUACAUGCCCUUUUCUUGGGUCUGGACCACUACAGACCAGAGGUCUAUGAACACAGCAAACGUCUCCUUCUCCACCUCCUCAUUGCUCUCUCCUGCAACAACAACUUCCAGGUAAUAGCUUCAGUUCUGAUGCUGACGAGAGAGAUCAGUGACAACAAGACCCUCACCAUCAAGUCCAGCUACCACACAGAGUACCAGCAGUCACAUGCACCUGACUUCCUGCGAGAGUGGCAGGCGUCUCCAGUGGUGGACUCCGGCCUCAGCUCCACCUCCAACUCUUCCUCUGCCAGUCUGGGUGGUGGCAGCACUGCAGGCAGUGUUGGGAAUUUGCCCCUGGUGACACCCGACGACCUGGAGGAUCUCGAAGACACACCCAACGAGACAGACGAGAAGACGAACAAACUCAUCGAGUUCCUGUCCACCAGUGCCUGGAGUACUGUGUUGUUGUUGCUCAGAGCGUUUGGGCCGCUGUGGGUGCACGAGGACAUCACACCAAAGAACCCCAACUCCAAGAGCACGGAGCAGCUCUCCAACUUCCUACGCCACGUCGUCUCCGUCUUCAAGGAGUCCAAGUCAGACUUCCACCUGGAGCACCAACUGAGCGACGUGGCUCUACAGACGGCCCUGUGCAGCUCCUCGCGUCACUACGCCGGGCGCUCUUUCCAGAUCUUCAGAGCUCUCAAACAGCCGAUCAACAACCACGCUGUCUCCGACCUGGUGUCACGCCUCGUCGAGGUGGUGGGAGAACACGGGGAUGAGGUGCAGGGCUAUGUGAUGGAGGUGCUGUUGACGCUGGAAUCCGUGGUAGUGAAUCUAGCAGAAUGUCUGAAAAACAGUGACCUCAUGGCAGCUCUAACCAGGACAUCCUCCCCAGACUUUGUGACCAGUGACAAACUGAUGAACAGAAAGAGCACAGGUCAGUUGAACUUCCCUGGCCCAGGGUUUGUCGGCCUUUCGUCACAACGCCACCAGCGCUCCUACUCUGUCCCCAAGAAGUUUGGCGAGUGUGGCCACCAUUCGAACGAUCCUCCUCGCAGUGCAACUCUGGACCGCAUACAGGCCUGCAACAAUCACGGCCUCGCCCGAACGGGAAGAACCCCCGGGUCUUGCACGUCAUCAACCAAUCGCAUCGAUCCCAGUGUUCUGUCGGAUCCAGCCCAUGUUUCACACCCUUCAACAAUACUGGCCACAGUCUUCUGGGUGGCGGUGUCACUCAUGGAGUCAGACUUUGAGUUUGAAUAUCAGAUGUCACUUCGGCUCGUUCACAAGUUGCUGUCAAAGGUGCCCUUAGACAGAGCAGAGAAUCGCGAACGCCUCGAGAAGCUGCAGGCUCAGCUGAGGUGGAGUGGCUUCUCUGGGAUUCAGCAGCUUUUGUUGAAGGGUUUCACCUCCCAGGCAACUUCUGACCUCACCUUACAGCUCUUCUGCCAGCUCACGCCAGUCUCCCGGGUGCCCGUUGUUGACAGCUCGCAGUCUAUAGGAUUCCCCCUUAAUGUGCUGUGUCUGCUGCCUCACCUGGUGCAGCACUUUGGACACCCAACUCAGUUUUGUAAAGAGAGUGCAGAGAGGAUCGCACAGGUGUGUUUGGUGGAGAAGCACACAAAGUUGUCCCAUCUGGCUCAUGUGAUGACUCUCUACAAGACACGUUCCUACACACGGGACCCUUUCUCCUGGGUCAGCGUGGUUUGCCGCUACCUCCAUGAGGCUUUCUCCGACAUCACACUCAACAUGGUCACCUAUAUGGCUGAGCUGCUGGAUAAGGGCCUUCCCAGCAUGCAGCAGUCUCUCCUCCAGAUCAUCUACUGUCUGCUCAGCCACAUGGACCUGACUGCCGUACAAGUCAAACAGUUCAAUGCUGAUGUCACGAAGACCAUUGAGAAGUUUGUCCAGACCAUACACUGGAAAGACGCCUUAAACAUCUUGAAACUGGUGGUGUCACGCUCUGCCAGCCUGGUUCAUCCAGUGUACGGCCACUCACAAGGUGACCUGUCCAACCUCGAGGUCAGCAGGGUAUGGGACGGCUCAGCCAAGGCCCUGCCUGGAAAAACACUGGACUUCACCUUUGACAUCUCUGAGACUCCGGUGAUUGGACGUCGGUUCGAUGAGCUCCAGGGUUCGGGGGGUAGAGAGGGUAAGGCCAGAGCCAUGGCUGUAACACGGAGUACUUCCUCCACUUCCUCUGGAUCCAACUCAAACACCAUCCUGGUGCCUGUCAGCUGGAGGCGACCACAGUCCUCUCAGAAAAGAACCAGAGAGAAGCUGGUGAACGUUUUGUCUCUUUGUGGACAAGAAGUUGGACUCACCAAGAACCCGUCUGUGAUCUUCUCAUCGUGUGGCGACCUGGACAUGAUGGAGGUGCGAGAGAGCGGCGUGUCGUCGGAGGAGGGCGGAACCAGAGAGGACACGCUAGACGACACUGCCAGUGAGCAGCAGUUCAGAGUGUUCCGAGACUUUGACUUCCUGGAUGUGGAGCUGGAGGACGGAGAGGAGCUCCAGGGCGAGACCGUGGAUAACUUUAACUGGGGCGUGCGUCGGCGAUCUCUGGACAGCACGGAGCUGGGCGACCUGUUGGAGGAGAGCCAGCAUUCAGGCAGCACCCCCAGCCUGGGUCACGAGGACCCCCACGAUUCAGACGAGUCCUCAGAGGAAGAGGAGUCUUCGACCAGCCAAAGCCUGUCUCACUCUCAGCUCACUAACCCGUCUCCAUCAGAGGAAACCAAUCACACUGAUUCUUUGUCUACUUCUUACGACACAUCUGCCGACCCACAAUCCCUCAAUGCCACCACACCGGGCCAGGGAGUACUCCACGAUGAUCACAGUGGCCUCCACGGGAGGGUGUGCGCUGAUGACGAGGACACUCAGGCCCAGGACGAUGACCUGUCACUGAGCGUCAAUGAGCUCCCUCACGGCUCGGACUGUGGCGAGAGCUUCACCCUGGAGUUGCCGGGGCAACCUCAAGGUCAGCCACGCAAUCUGGAUCACAGCCUCAACCAAGACUACUGCCAACCACCGCUGGACUUUCUAGACCCCAACUGUCUGCCCAGCUUACGUGAUGAUGUAGAUGACUUGGAAGACCUUGGUUUUCCUCCUCCCCCCUCUCCAUUUUUCUCCGCCAUCUUGGCAGCCUUCCAGCCCACAGUGUGUGACGACGCUGAGGAGGCGUGGCGCUGUCAUAUCAACCAGCUCGUGACAGACUUGGAUGGGUCCUGUGCUGUCCACACUUUUCAAGUCUUCUCGUCUCUCUUUAAGAACAUACACGGUAAAUUCUGCCUCCUGACAACUGAUGUUGCCACUUACCUUGGAGAGGGUUUAAGAGGCAUCGGAUCAAAGUUCCUCAGGUCGUCACAGAUGCUGACCACAUGCUCAGAUUGUCCCACAAUCUACAUUGAUGCUGACACGAUCAUGUCCUAUGGUCUCCUUGAGAAGAUGAAGUUCAGUGCGCUGGAGCUGCAGGAGUAUCUGGAUACCUACAACACCAAAGAGGAGGCGGCUGUAUCGUGGUUGAGGAACUGUAAGGACACAUUUCCCAGAUGCCCCGGUGACAGUGUGGUCACCUGCCAGCCUGGAGACUCUGAGGAGAAGCAACUGGAGCUUUGUCAGCGGCUCUACAAGCUGCAUUUCCAGCUCCUCCUCCUCUUCCAGUCCUACUGCUCGCUCAUCGGGCAGGUUCACGCCAUCAGCUCUGUGCCUGAGCUACUGAACAUGUCUCGAGAGCUCACUGAUCUGAGGAGCAGCCUGCAGGCAGCAGAGGCAGCUGUGGCCAGCGACCUGGAACACAAACACUUGGCCCACACUCACGCACACGCCAGCCAGGUGGCAGCCAUGGUUGUCCCCAGCUUCUCCACCUCUGAGGCAGCUGUGCAGGCCGUCCUGGAGUGCCUUAAGAACCACGAGUUCACUAAAGCUGUGCGCUACAUCCAGGAAUGCAGGAGGCAGUGGCCCAACGGAGUGUUUGGUGGCAGCUCGGAGAGCGAGGUCCAGACACUACUCAACGUCUACUUCCGCCACCAGACGCUGGGCCAGACGGGCACCAUCGCCUUGGUCGGUUCUCGCCAGGACCUGAGCCUGAUCUGCUCCAAGCUGCUGGAGCUCAACGGGGAGAUCCGCGACAUGAUCCGCCGCGCCCAGGGUUACCGGGUCGUCACAACCUACCUCCCCGACUCCAGCGCCUCCGGGACCAGUCUCUGACAGGAACUCAGGAGCCCCCCACCCCCUCCCUCCCCGCCCUUACCUCCCCUGUCACUGCAACCGCUGACCCUCCCAAAAGCAUCACCUCCCUUGCUGCCAUCUCAGCCUGUUUACACAGAGGAGGCGCAGCACCCACACACGUGGCCUCUGCCUCCGCCUGUGUGCCUGCUGCCACGGCUGCACAGCUCCAGACAGUUACCUGCCUACCGCCCUUCCCAACACCAGAACCAGAACCAUUUUUAGACCCGAACCUUUCUCUGCUCUCUUCAUCCUCAUCCACCGUCGACUCUGAUACCUCUUUGCUUGAUUUCCCCAAACCCCCAGACCUGUUCUCAUCACACAGCUGCUCAAACACAGCAGAUUUCACACUGCCGCACACACAGGAGCCACAUAGGAGUUACCUGGACGAGAACACGAAUGUUUAUUAUCCUUUCAGAGGACAUUCAUCACACAGCUCACCACUGUUAAAUCUACACAGCAGCAGACACCUCACAUCAUCUCAUACAUCCAGCAUGCUCCCCACUGUGGCCUCAGAACCCACCCUGCUCACACACUCCAACACAAACGCGUCACCCAUUCCCCCUCGAGGCUCGCAUCUCCCCCAUUUCCCCCGCUCUCCGUACAAACACUCAAACCCAUCGGCAAUUCCACACCCAGGCCAUGAUACAGUCUUAACCCGUGGCCCUGCCCCAUCUUCAUCCCUCCUCCCUCCUCCCCCUCCCCCCCCUCCUCCUCCUCCCUGUCCCACCGGCCCAGGAGAGGCUGCAGCAUGGGGCUGUUGUUGCUCCCUCGGUGGUGCUGCUACGCCCUUAUCUCGCUACCUGGGGAAGGUGGGUCACGCUGCACUGCCCCUACUGAAAGUAGGGGGGCUCCUGAACGCUGAACCGUCAGACGUCCAGACCUGAGACGUAAACUUACAAUGCCAGAGGACCUAAAGAAUCUGAAUCUGAGAAGACGACAUGCGUCCCAGACAUGAUGGGAUGUAUCACUGAACACUAUAGACACUACAGAUCGCUGCCUGCUGAUAAAGACGACCCGAUGUGAUUCUGUCUGAGCGCUACAUGUUGUAAAAUUGAUGUGCUCCCGCUUCACGGCCGUCACUCAGCAUCUCAUCUGGACCUGUGAAGGCUCUCCGCUUGGAUUUCUAACUUGCUUCCCAGAUGAAACUUCAAGACCUGCUUGAACUUGAUUGAUUAUUGCUGCCUCCUUCAGAAAGGACAUAGUUUGCUGGUAGUAUCACCAGAGACAGUGAGGAAACUACCGGUGACACUAUGUAACAUCACCGGUAGAGUUUUCGCUAUUGCACUAAGUGGAGCUUUGGUUUUGUUUUUUUAAAAGAACGUUACAGAAAGGUUAUCUUACUGUUUGUUUUGUUACUGUGAGAGAAAAAAGGUGAGAAGGAAAAAGCCAAAUGCUGGAUUCCCUUUUCUCUCCUGUCGUGUCUACUGUUUUGAGGAAAUUGUGCAAUGCAUGACCCAGUUGAAUGCUUUCUACUGUAGUGUAGUGUCCCUUUUCUGCUCCCUAAAAGUCUGACCUGUCCAGACUGACUGAAAGACUGAUGGACGAAGAGCGGAUGCAGAAUAUUCAAGCGUAAUUCCUCAUGCUGCCCUUGCUCUGUUUAUAUUCUGUAUCGGUGAAGCGGCUUGUCUCCUGGCUACUGUCGUGAAACAUUGGUAGACUCUCGCCAUCACGUGUGCACUACUGUGUGGCUAGUGGUGACAUCAUUAGUGAGCGUACACGCUGUAUAUUUCUCACUGUCCGACACUGUAACAAGCUGACCUUAUGUGUUCACAUGCCAUGAGGAUAGUGCAUGUCCACACUGAGAUAUUUUGUCUGUCUGUGUACCGUUUCUAGUUAUGAGCACACAACCAUUGUAGCAUAUGUUUGUGUGUGGUAUGUAGUUACCUUACACGUUAAGGGAAAUGCUGACAUUCAGCACUCAUCGAUGUUCAAAACAAAACCUGUGCUACUACUGAAGGCCAACACUUCCUGUCGUCAGCCCUCUUUGUGACUCUCCCUCGUUCCCCCUCUUGAGUCAUUUAUUGUACAAACCUCUUUUUCCUAUUUAUAUCUGAUCAGCUAUAAAUCAACACUCAUUUGGUUUUAUAUCGAUGUUUGUUCUCUCAAAUCAAACUGCCAUGCAUGCAUCUUCUGUGUACUGUAUGGAGUGUUUGAACUAUUUAUUAACAAGAAUCAUAUUUUGUCUGAAAGAUACGUUUGUAUGAGGUGCAAAAGGGAGCUUUGAGCUCAUGCGGGUAUGUUUUUUUUUUUUCCUGUGUGUGGGAGAACGUGUGUGUGCAUGCCAAACAAGAAAUUGCACAUUUUUAAAGCUUUUUAGAUUCAGACUGUAGCUGAUUUUUUUUCCACCGUGUAAAUACUUUUACAGCCUUUGUGAAGUUGUUUUGAGUUGAUGUUCUGUACAAGUUAGUGUCAAAGUAAAAGACAUGAAAAUGAUGCGUA